AAGGAAUUAAACAUAUUUCUUCUUGAACUAUAGAAACAGUAAAGAUUUAAUUAGAUUCUUCAAGUUCAUCUUUUCUUGCUUUUUUUGGCUAUGGAUUCUGGAAACGAUGAUUCCAGAAUCAGACAGUGUGAUAGUAACAGAAUCAACAUUGUCCCGUUAGAUAUGGAGACUGCCGGCGGUGUGUCGUCGAUGCCGAAGGACAAGAGACCAGGCGGCGGAGCAGAAGCGGCGAAAGUAGACGUGGGCGGCGGCGGCGGCGUUUUCUUGACGUGGGAAGAUCUGUGGGUGACUGUAUCGGAUGGGAGGAAAGGGAACAAGGCUAUUCUUAAAGGCCUCACCGGGUAUGCUAGGCCCGGUGAACUCUUAGCCAUCAUGGGCCCUUCUGGCUGCGGCAAAUCUACCCUCCUUGACGCUUUAGCAGGAAGACUGGAGCUGACUACUAGGCAAAGUGGGGAUAUAUUGAUCAAUGGUCGAACACAAACACUGGCUUAUGGAACAUCGGCUUAUGUGACGCAAGAGGACACUCUGACUGCGACGCUAACGGUGCGGGAGGCCGUGUACUAUUCGGCGCAGCUGCAGCUCCCGAGCUCGCUGCCGAGAUCGGAGAAGAAGGAGAUAGCGGAGAUGACUAUAAAGGAGAUGGGAUUGCAGGACGCCAUGAAUACCAGAAUCGGAGGAGGGUGGGGGAACAAAGGGAUAAGCGGCGGGCAGAAACGGAGAGUGAGCAUUUGCCUGGAGAUUCUCACCCGCCCCAAGCUUCUGUUCCUCGACGAGCCAACCAGCGGUCUCGACAGUGCCGCUUCCUACUACGUGAUGAGCAAAAUUGCGCGAUUGGCUCGUGAGAAUCGAACCGUGGUUGCGUCCAUUCAUCAGCCCAGCACUGAAGUUUUCAGCCUUUUCACUAGCUUGUGCCUGUUGUCUUCUGGCAGAGUUGUCUAUUUUGGCCCCGCUUCUGCUGCAAUCCAGUUUUUUGAAACCAAUGGUUUCCCUUGCCCAACUCUCCAGAAUCCAUCUGAUCAUUUCCUCAAAACCAUAAACAAAGAUUUUGACAAUGAUGAUGAGGACGUUGAACAAGGUUGUGCUAGAGGCAUCCCCACAGAAGAAGUGAUCAACAUUCUGGUAAACUCAUACAAAUCAUAUCACAGAUACCGAGAAGUUCAAGGACAGGUUGCUGAAAUAUCCAAGCAGGAAGGAGAAGUGCUGAAGAAAAGCAGUCGUGCAGACUUUUUCACUCAAAGCAUUGUGCUGACAAGGAGAUCUUUCUUGAACAUGUUCCGCGAUCUUGGCUACUACUGGCUGCGCCUGGGAAUUUACAUAACGUUGGCUGUCGGACUAGGAUACAUGUACAACGAUGUUGGAUACGGCAACAGUUCCAUCCAGGCAAGAUGCUCAGUGCUGGCGUUUAUUGCCUCCUUCUUUACAUUCAUGGCCAUCGGCGGCUUCCCCUCGUUCGUGGAAGACAUGAAAGUGUUCAAGAAAGAAACCCUAAACGGGCACUAUGGGUGCGGGGCAUUUGCCAUUGCCAACACACUUUCCUCCCUGCCAUACCUCCUUCUAAUAUCACUCAUUCCAGGAAUGAUUGCUUAUUUCCCAGUAGGGCUUCAAAGGGAGUUUGGGCACUUUGCAUACUUCGCCUUAGUCAUUCUCAUGAACAUGUUGCUAGUAGAAAGCUUGAUGAUGAUCAUUGCCAGCCUGGUGCCAAACUACCUAAUGGGAAUCAUCGCCGGAGCCGGAUUACAGGCGCUGAUGAUCCUCGGCGGCGGCUACUUCCGGCUGCCCAAAGAUCUACCAAAGCUGUUCUGGCGGUACCCAAUAUAUUACAUCGACUUUCAUAAGUACGCUUACCAAGGCCUAUACAAGAAUGAGUUCCAGGGGCUGAGAUUGCCAGAAGAAACCGGUCAGAUCAUCACCGGAGAAGAAGUUUUGAGGGAAACUUUGCAGGUUGAAAUGGGUCAUUCAAAGUGGAUUGAUCUCUUGGUUUUGGUGGUGAUGGGGGUUGUGUGUAGGGUGGUUUUCUUGUUGGUUGUGAAGGCAAGUGAGAAGGCUAAACAUGUUGUGAAAGCAGUGAUGAGAGUGUCACCAAAACAAAGUCACCAGGUUGUAGCCACCUUCCCUUCUACUACACCUUCCCAUACACCAAGUCCUACUACACGGUUUCUAAACAUAUAACCCAACAGUUCAAUUGUAUGUAUUUGUAUGGUAUACAUACGUAUGUGGUAUACCUCUCUCUUGUCCUAUUAAUAAAGUCAUCAACUUUUUUUUU